AUGAUCAUCCCCGUGCGCUGCUUUUCGUGCGGCAAGGUCAUCGGCGACAAGUGGAACGCCUACCUCGCCCUCCUCCUCGACGGCCGCACAGAGGGAGAGGCCCUUACGGAGCUCCAGCUCAAGCGAUACUGCUGCAGGCGCAUGGUCCUCACCCACGUCGACCUCAUCGAAAAGCUCCUCCACUACAACAUUCACGAACGGAGGAGCCAGGCAUGA